AUGCUACACCAUCUUCUGCACCCGGGGGAGAACAAGCAGCUGGUGAGCAGCAUACUGGGAAAGACAACGAAGGACAGGCUCCUGCGGCCGGACCAGGACCAUCAGAAGAGCAUAAAGAUCAGCCACCCGGACCCGCUGCGCAGGGAGAUGAAGAACACAAGAAAGACGUCGCAGAGGUUGACUCUCCUCCCCCACCUCCCUCACCAGAAAUGGCUCCUCCGGCCACGGACGACGCUCAAACCACCAAGGAUUUGGGCGCCGCCCCCGAGGAAAACGAUACCGAAUCCAAGGACGACACCAAGGCCGAGAAUGGGCAGGCAACCAGCCCGCUGGACUCGAAGCAAUCCGCCGCCGAGGACGUGCGCAAAGACGGCGUUCUGA